CUCCCGCAAACCUCCGACGCCCUUAUUAGCCGGCUCCGCUGGCCUGGCUGGGCAGCUCCAGAAGGCCGCAACCUCUGCCCGAACGAUGCCCAAAGCUUGGGUCAGGCCGGAGAGGCUCCUUGAGGAGACGCCUCUUCCCCGGCUUUCUCCUCCAGGAUAUCCGCGCCGAGCUCCGCCUCUGAGCCUCGCUGGGCGGAGACACCCGGCCCGCUCGCCCGCCCGCCCUCUCUCCCUCAUGGGGAGACGCUAGGCACGGCCUAAAGGCGAGUCGCUGCGGUUUCCUUUUCUUGCCCUCUCGUUGUGCGUCUCGGAAGAGACCCAGCCCGGCCCCAUGGCCACCGAGGUGACGACGGUGCCGGGGGGCCCUGGCCCGCGGUUGCCCUCGUCUCCAGCGCGGCGGGAUUUCUACUGGCUCCGUUCUUUCGUUGCAGGAGGUGUUGCAGGAUGUUGUGCCAAAACAACCAUUGCACCGCUGGAUCGAGUAAAAAUUUUGUUGCAAGCUCAUAAUCAUCAUUAUAAACAUCUAGGUGUGAUUUCUACGUUGUGUGCUGUACCAAAAAAGGAGGGCUACCGAGGAUUGUAUAAAGGAAAUGGAGCAAUGAUGAUUAGAAUCUUUCCAUAUGGUGCAAUUCAGUUUACAGCUUUUGGGCAAUAUAAAGAGAUAAUAAAGAAGAAGCUUGGUAUUUCUGGGCAUGUUCAUCGGUUAAUGGCUGGUUCUAUGGCAGGUAUGACUGCUGUAAUAUGUACAUACCCUCUUGACAUGGUGAGAGCACGUCUAGCAUUCCAAGUAAAAGGAGAUGACAAAUACAAUGGAAUUAUUCAUGCAUUCAAAACCAUUUAUGCAAAGGUCAUUGCUGGCUUCUUCGAAAAGGAAGGUGGCAUGCAAGGAUUUUAUCGAGGUCUUUUACCAACAGUAGUAGGAAUGGCUCCAUAUGCAGGUUUCUCAUUUUUUACCUUUGGUACCUUAAAGAGUGUGGGACUUGCCCAUGCGCCUACCCUGCUCGGGAGGCCUUCCUUAGAUAAUCCUGAUGUCUUAGUUUUGAAAGCUCAUGUAAAUUUGCUGUGUGGUGGCAUAGCUGGAGCAAUAGCACAGACAAUAUCAUAUCCUCUUGAUGUAACACGCAGACGAAUGCAGUUGGGAGCAAUCCUUCCAGAUUCUGAAAAGUGCCUUACAAUGGUACAGACUCUGAAAUAUGUUUAUGGAAACCAUGGAAUACGAAGAGGAUUAUAUCGUGGAUUAUCUCUGAAUUACAUUCGAUGUGUUCCUUCACAGGCUGUUGCCUUCACCACUUAUGAAUUUAUGAAACAGUUUUUGCACCUCAAUUAGGACUUUUGAAAUGUAGCUGGGAAAUAACUUGUUUUCAUGUUGUAUUCAGAGGUAAAUCUAAAUUUCAUAUUGUCACUAAGGAAUCAAGAGGAUUUACAAUUUUUUAAAUUAAAAAAAGCAUGGUAUAUGUCACUUGGAGGAUGUUCAGUGAGGUUGGGUAAAUUCUUAUGUAUAAUACAGGUAAAUCAUUGAUAGAAAUACAAACUGAGUAAAUUGUUAAAAGAUGGAAAACAAUUUUUAUAGUGCUUCCUAACUUAUUACACUUUUGUAUCCUAUUUUAAAUGUUUGCUGGAUUUUUUUUAUUGGGAAUUUUCUUUUCUAAAACCUUGCUUAUAUACCUUAAGUAAAAUGCAGUGGUUCAGUUACGGAUUCACAGGGACAUUUUUAGUUGAAUUCAUUUUGCCUUGCUUCUAUAGAAAUUAGGUUAGGAUUGAUAUGGCAUUCUGCAGUGCACUGGAUAAAUACACUUUCUGAUAUUUCUGUUCAUAGUUAGUGUAUAAUUUCUCUUUUAUGUUUUUCUAAUAAUGAGAAAUACCAAAAAUGUGCAGCAAUCUCUUUUUGAUACAGAAUUCUUGAGCAGCAUCCAAGAUGGUGCAAGCCCAGUAAAAUAGUUUUCUUUGAAUACUUGACUCUUUAUGCUCUCUCGCUUUUGAACCCGCCUAAGGAUCGGAGUAGAUGUCAUAUGGAAAACCCUACUAGGCUUUGUAGCAGCAUUGUGGAGAAAAGGGAUGUGCUAGAACAGUGUGUUCCUCCUGUUCAUACAACCCAACCCACUUGCCUAAUUACUGUUUUCUGUGCAAAAUGGGGAAGGAAAAGAAAAGUAUAGGUCUCUGCAUUUCAUUGUAGUUAGAUGGAAUUAACAUUAAAAUAAGUAACAGAGAGAUGCUGACUUAUUUCUCCUUUGUCCCCAAAUAUGAAAAAAACACCUUUGUGAUGAAGCAGGUAGUUGCUUUUCAAGUUAAAUCUAAAGCCUCACUGGAUGUAUGGAAUUAAUUUUGUAUUCCUUGGGCAAUGGACCUUUUGUUUCUAGCAGUGCAAUUCUGUACAUGCUGAUUAAGAUGCACAUCCCACUGUGUAUAGACUGCAAUUUCAACAAAUGUAUUCACUUUAUUUCAUUACUUCCCAUAUAUACUAAGGGACUGAUUCUAGGAUUAAUACAGGAGGAAAUUAAUUAUGUAAAAUAUCCUUAACUUACUGUGAAUGUACAUUGGACUUGUUGAUAAGAUUCAGUUACAUUUCUAAAAUAAUGGGGAGCAAGAACAAACAAAAAUAACAGGGUCUGGUUUUAGAAGACACUGAAAUUUUCAUAUUCUGUGGAUUUAUGAUACUACUGAAAACUAAGGUUACACUGUAGCUUACAGUGUUUCAUUAUGUGUGCAUAUACAUAGAUUUAUAUAUAUGUGUGAAUUGGAUUGUGUAUUCAUAUGGGUUUUAUUUUGAUAAGAUGAUGUGCAUUUAUGGUAUAUUGACCAAGGAGCACAUUCUCCAAGAAGAUGAAGAAAGCUUGUUUUUCUUAAAAAGAUAAUAUCAAAAGACCAGUACCGUGGUGCAGUUGUCAGUUAGGGAUUGCUGUUAAGCACAGGUUUCAAGCCUUAAUUCCUUUCAGUAGCUGUCUUUGCACAUGCAAAAUAUACAACAUAGUGUAUUCUAUUAAACUGAGGGAUUUGGGAGUGACUUUUGUUGUAAUUUUUCUGGUAGUUUGAAUUUCAUUUCAUUAAUUCUUUGAUGUGUUUUGACCCAGAAAAAAAUUGCAUCCCAAGAAUGUUAGCUUCUGCUCUUCAGUUAAGUUUCGGUCUAGUGCAUGUGGAUAACCUUACUAUCAAACACAGGUGUGGUAUAUGACUUCCUGCUUGCUUUUGGCAACAUAGGCAACUGAUGUUGCUGGACUGAUGCCUAAGGGCACUUUAGGUGGUUAUGGAUGUGUUAGCAUUGGCAGGCCUAGAGCGGUCUCUUCACUCAGUCAUAAUGGCCAAAUACCCCUCUACAUUCAUUUUCCUGUUGUAAAUAGCAAGCUGUGUAUUAAGUAUUUUAAAGGGUUUGUUACAUUCAUAAACUCUACUCUGUUAAAUUUUUUUAAUUUUACCAAGCCUGAUUUUGAAAAUGAUGGUAGCAUGUCUCAUAAUGUUGAAGUAAAGCAAUGUAAUUUAUUUAUUGAUUGUAAAUACACUGUACAGAAUGCAUCAUGGUUACAGCUAUGUUACCAGAACUAGCAGUUGUAAGAUAGCUGUUGCUUAUGGUUCACAGCCAGAAUAUGUAAUCUCAAAGUUCUGUGCUUGCCUCAUUUUUAUUAAAGCUGUAUCUUUA